AUGGAGCCUAUGGUGAAUAGUUGUUCCAUAGUAACUGGAAAAGGAGCAUACGUUUCUGGAAUAAUUAAAAUUAAUCAAGUUUUUGAUUUUUAUGUUUAUGUUGGCGAAAAGGGAAAAUUAAAUGGUGCCACUUUUAAUGGUAAUUCGCAACAAAAUGAAAUCUCUGGAGGCGGAGCCACUGAUAUUCGGCUAAUUAAUAAAACAAAAUGGUAUGAAUUCGACUCAUUGAAGAGUAGAAUCAUGGUUGCUGCAGGUGCUGGGUCCGGAGAACGACUUUGUGGUGGAGAUGGAGGAAUGCUGGUUGGCUUAAUCACCAAUCAGAUCUAUACCUAUCAAUUAAAUGGUUCAACUGGCGGAACUCAAACAUCAGGAGGUAUUUAUGGAUGUGAUACUUAUCAUCAUGGGUGUGGAAAAUCAGGGAUGUUUGGAAUCGGAGGAUCUGGUAAUGGUGGAAGAGAUAAUGGUCCAAGUGGUGGUGGAGGCUAUUAUGGAGGUGGUGGUACUCCAUGGGCAGGAAGUGCUGGUGGAGGAUCAAGUUUUAUUAGUGGUUAUCAAGGAUGCGACGCAAUUUUCGAAAAUUCUACAGAAAGUCAUAUAUAUCACAGCGGAAAUCCUUUCCAUUACUCAGGUAAGUACUUCACCGAUGGCAUUAUGAUUGAUGGUCAACACGAGAUGCCAACAACAGACAUGACGUCAACCGAGCUUGGACACGACGGCAAUGGUUAUGCCAUCAUCACAUAUAUUUCAUCUAAUGUUAUUUGUUCAUGUCAAAUGAACAUUUAUCUCAUGAAAUACUUUUUAAUUUCAAACUAUUUCAUUAUUUUAUCAUAA